AUGUCUGAAAAAUUGUUUUGUACUUUAGUUUUUGUUAAAAGAAAUCAGAUAAACGAUCGUGGCCACCAGAGAACCACAUCUGUCAAAAAUGAUCAUUCCAAAGUUUCAGAACAUAUAGAACUUAAUCAUAAAAAUGGAUGCAGUUUCUCUGCAACUUGCGUCUUCAAAUCAAAUGAUGCCACUUUUUCUGCAGAGGAAAGAAAACCGACGAAAAUGGGAAACGGAGCAGACGAGCUCCUAAACCGACCAAUUUCAACUGAUGUCUCCACUGGUAAUCAGAAUGAAAACUGCUCAAAUAAAACAACAGUUAAAAAAUCUGUAACUGUCCAGGAGUCAUUGGAAGAUGUUAAAACUAAAAGACAAGUCAUCAAGAUGUUGCUCAUGGUGGUCAUCCUUUUCACCAUGUGUUGGUCACCUACUUUAAUUGAAUCCGUCUUAGCAGCUUUUGAUAUCGGCCAUCGAUUAAACUUUGGUCCCAUCAAACACGCCCGCCAGGCGUUUGCUCUCCUAUCCUAUUUCAACAGUUGCCUCAAUCCAAUCGUCUAUGGCUUCAUGUUGAAAAACUUUCGAAACAGUUUCAAGAUCAUGAUGUGUCAUUCGCAGUGCUGCCAGAAACAAUCCUGUUGUUGCAAGGCUGAAAGUGCGGGCGGCGAUAGUAUGAGAUUCAUUCACAACUCUUAUCAGAACAAUAAUAAAACUUUUCAAUUUUGUUACAAUGCCAACAACAAUACUAACAUUAACAACAACAAGAACAUUCCCACAAUUAACAACAAUACCGGCAACAACACUUCGACUCUUAACAACUCCUUCAAAUCUAGUAUUAAAGCGCACAUUUCACUAUAA